AUGGCCGGGGUCGUUGAGGAUAGACCAGGAAACGAGAGCUCCGAUAGCUCCGAGGGCGCAGCCCCAGAGAAGAAUGAGACCAAGAUCACGUUCAACGAGCAGACAAACUAUGUGCCCAAGAGGACAAUCAUCAUUAUCUUUUUAGCAUGCUCGACGGUCGAUCUCCUGGCAUUGAUGGACCAGACAACGCUAGCAGCGAGUCUGUACAUUAUCGCCAAUGCCCUCGGCGGAAGCGACCAAGCCUCCUGGAUCUCAGGAGGCUACUUCGUAACAUCAACAUGUUUUCAACUUCUAUACGGCAAACUAUCUGACAUCUGGUCCCGAAAACACGUCCUCUUUGUCGGCUUAGCCAUCUUCUUCAUCGGCUCCCUCGGCGCCUCCCUCGCGCAAACAGUCACUCAGCUCAUCGUCUUCCGAGCCCUCACCGGCGUCGGAGGCGGCGGACUAAUGACCAUCGCCCAGACGAUCGUGAGCGACGUCGUCCCCCUCCGAGAAAGAGGGAAAUACCAAGGCAUUCUGGGUGCGGUAGUCGCUAUAUCCAACGGCAUUGGGCCUGUCAUCGGCGGUGCCCUAGCCUCUAUCUCCCACGAUUCCUGGAGGUGGAUCUUUCGGCUGAAUUUACCGCUGACGGUCUUUACGACGCUCUGCGUGUAUUUCUUUAUGCCGCUUCGCAAGGUCAAAGGCGAUUGGAAGCUGAAGUUGAAGGCCGUGGACUUCGUCGGAGCAUUGCUUGCGCUGGGUGGAACGGCUGUCUUGCUGCUGGGACUGAAUUGGGGUGGCGGUGAGUAUCGAUGGGACUCAACUCAUGUCAUUGUGACUCUGGUGAUUGGGUUUGUGGUCUCCGUUGUCUUUGUCAUGUGGCAGUGGAAGGGCGCGUCUGUCCCGCUUGUGCCGAUGCAUAUUUUCAAGUCGCGGAUGGUGAUCGGGGCGAGUUUAACGAUGUUUAUCAAUGGGUGGAACUUCCUGGUGCAGGUUUACUAUAUACCAACUUUUUAUCAGCUGGUGUUCAACUACUCGACCGUGAAGGCUGGAGCGAUGCUGCUACCGGUGACGUUGAUGCAAACUCUUAGCAGCACACUUUCAGGUCUCGUUGUCCACCGCAUCGGCCGGUAUAGGGAGUGCAUCUUGCUCGGCUGGGUCAUUUGGGCUGUGGGACUUGGCCUCUUCUCAACGCUGGGCCCACACUCAGGAUUAGGGAAGCAGAUCGGAUAUGGCCUCUUGACUGGCGUGGGAGUGGGAAACACUUUGCAGCCUGCUCUCAUCGCAGUUCAGGCCGGUGUCGAGCGUCGAGAUAUGGCGGUCGUCACGGCCUUUCGGAACUUUGUUCGAAAUCUCGGCGGAACCCUCGGGCUGGCGAUUAGUGGAACAAUCAUUAACAAUCUCCUGGCAUCGUCGAUUUCGUCGCUUGAUCUCGAUGCGUCUGACUCGAAAUCUCUCCUGUCGAGCCCUCAGACAUUCUUGAAAAAGCAAAGUACCGAGGAAGCCGCGCAUAUUCGGAGCGUUUUGAUACCUGCAUACCAGAGAGGCUUCCGACUGAUCUUUAUUAUCGGCGCCUCCCUAGCAGCGUUCGCUUUCUUCCUGGCAUUUGCUCUCAUGCCGCAACUUGGACUGAAGAGAGCCGAUGAUGAUAAGCUCAAGGAGGAAGGGAAAAAGCGAGUAGAAGGGGCCCUCGACGAGGAAAAGCGGACAACGUCAUGA